UACCAGUUUUAAGUGUUGUACAGUGCAUAAGCAGCGAAUGCCCGCCAGUUAGAUCCACUUGUUGUGAUAACCACAUGUAAUUCAUAUUGGCGCUAACUAUAUUUACUGCUUGUCAAGAGCAGCAUGAUUGCAAAGUCAGCAUAAUUAAAAUAAUAAUUCGUCAUAAAGAUUAGUUUAUCGCUAUCAAUGCGUCGAUGUUCCUCCCGCGUAUUUCGUGCGCUCACCCGCACCUUUUCCACCAAACAACAAAUUGUUGUGCAUCCAGACGUGCGGCAUGCCUUGGCCCAAAAGCAGCCUGUCGUGGCGUUGGAGUCGACAAUUAUAACGCAUGGCAUGCCAAUGCCCGAGAAUGUGGAAACGGCCCUACUUGUGGAACAGGAUGUACGUAAGAAUGGCGCUGUCCCGGCUACCAUUGGCAUCAUUGAUGGGUGCAUAACGGUGGGAUUAACACAGGAGGAACUUAUGGAGCUGGCGCGUAAGCCUCGUGAGCAAGUUAUCAAAUGCUCACGCCGUGAUCUGCCCUACGUAGUGAAAAUGGGUCAGAGUGGUGGCACCACUGUGGCGGCCACCAUGAUUGUAGCUCAUCGUGUUGGCAUUCCCAUCUUUGCCACUGGCGGCAUUGGUGGAGUGCAUCGUGAAGGUCAUAUCACGUUGGACGUGUCCGCGGAUCUUGUCGAGCUGGGACGUACGCCGGUGGCUGUGAUUUGCAGCGGCGUCAAGUCCAUAUUGGAUAUACCGCGUACGCUCGAGUAUUUGGAGACUCAGGGCGUCUGUGUGGCCACCUAUGCAAGUGAGGGUGGCGUCUUUCCUGAUUUCUACACGCGCGACAGUGGGUGCAAGGUUCCCUAUAAUCUACCCACCGCGGAGCAUGCUGCUCAACUGCUACGUGCCUGGCAACAGCUCAAUCUGCAGUCCGGCGUACUCAUAGGAGUGCCCAUUCCAGCGGAGCAUGCUGCCGAUAAGUCGGCUAUAGAUGCGGCUAUCAAGCAAGCCAAUGCCGAAGCGUUAGCUCAAGGCAUUACAGGAAAGGAUGUAACACCUUUUUUGCUGGCACACAUCGCCCGGUUGACCAAAGGACGCAGCCUGCAGGCGAACAUAGCGCUGAUACGGAACAAUGCAUCGGUAGCCGCACAAAUCGCCUGCAAGCUAGCGAAAGAACAAAGUUCCACUUCAAGCCGAAAGAGUUCCAUGAAGAAGCCUUUGGUGGUGGGCGCUUCCAUACUCGAUUUAUCCUUCAAGAUUACUGAGAAGCGAAACUUGCAUUUGGAUGGCGCCACGUACGCAGGAGUAGCCAAGCAGGCAGCUGGCGGCGUUGGCCGCAACAUAGCCGAGGGCAUUUACAAGCUGUAUGGUGAUGUUAAUCUCAUCUCGGCUGUCGGCAGGGAUCAGUUGGGACAAAUACUGCGCCAGCUGAUGCCGCAGACCCUGCAAAAUGGCCUCAUUGUGGAUGAGAGCCACGCCACAUCCCUCUGCUCGGUGGUGUUUGAUCAGUCAGGCGAUUGCAAACUCAUCCUGGGUGAUAUGGAGGUGCACAACAGCAUCACGCCGCAGUUGUUGAAGGAGCGAUCUAAUCUCUUUCGAGAUGCGCCCCUCAUUGUAAUGGAUAGCAACAUUUCAGAGCAGGCGAUGACCUGCACGUUGGAGCUAGCGGAGCGCUACCAAGUGCCCGUUUUCUUCGAGCCCACUGACAUGUUUAUAGCCGGCAAGCCAUUCAAGCUACGUUCAGAGCUCACGCGGCACAUUCGAUUGACCAAGCCCAAUAUGCACGAGCUCAAGACCAUUGUGGAGACCAUCACGGGGCAGUCUGUCAACUGGGAGCCGAAUACGAAAGUGGAACGCUCAGAGCUUUUGGCGCAGGCCAAGCAGCUACUCCACCAAAUCGAGUCCCACUUCAACUGCAUCAUUGCCACUCUGGGGGCGCACGGUGUGCUGCUCAGCAUUCGUUCCGAUGCCGCCCAUGAUACGAGCAAGCUACUCUCACUCUCGCCCAGCUGUGAGCACAUCACGCACUUCUAUGCGGCACCAAAGCUGAGCAACAUAGUCAAUGUCUCCGGCGCCGGCGAUAGUUUUUGUGCAGGCUUUAUCACAGCGCUGCUUAGGUCGCACAGCCUGGACGAGUGCGUCGCAGCGGGAUUUGUGUCUGCCGAGCGAGCUUUGCUCUCGGAGUCGGCGGUUCCGUCCACGUAUUUCCAAAACGAACUGGCAUUCGAGAGCAGCCUUCGAGACGCUUUGCAAACGCUGCAACGGCACAUCCUCUAAACUAGACUGACAGGCGGAACGCGAAGAGUUGAACUCGGGGUUCUAACUUUAUUGUUUAAAUACAUGUAUAAGAUUAUAUCGAUGCUCCAUGGCAAAGUGCGUCAAUGGGCCCAUCUGCAAGAAUGGCAAUAAAUGUGAUUAAUGUUGACCUGAA